UUUUCACCAUCCAUAAUCACGCUCACGUGCCGUUAACUCCUCCGUCAACAAACACAUGACGCCGUUCUUCCUACUUCACUACCACUAUAACCGCGAACUAUCCCACUUCACCAACAACUAUAUCCCACCCUCUGUCCCUUUUUUUUCUCUCUUCGCUUUCUUUCUUUCAAUUCAUACUCACCAUUGGGGUAUAAUAGGGACACGACAUUGUAACGGUGGAGUUAAGAAAAUGAAGCCCUGCUGCACAUUCUUCAUUCUCCUUUCGCUAGUUGUUAUUCUCGUUGAAUCUUCAUGCAAAAACGAAGACCAUGAGCUGGUGUCAAAGGCGUUCCAAUCUGUGUCUGGAUUCAACUCUUCCUGGUUCGAAACAGGUUCUAAUUGUUCAAAUGCUGUGAUUAAAGGGAUAAAUCUUUCGUCCAAAAACCUAAGUGGGAACAUCUCCUGGAAGUAUCUGAGGAACAUGUCCAAGUUGGAGGUUCUAGAUCUGUCUGGGAAUUUUCUGCAAGGCCAAGUCCCAAAUUGGUUCUGGAGAAGCUCAACCUUAUUGGUAGUGAACCUUUCCAGCAACAGGUUCGGAGGGAGCAUUCACCCGGCCACUUCCCAAAACAGUUCCUUUUCAUCGCUGCAAAAUCUCAAUCUCUCACACAACAGGUUCACCAACCAGCUUCACCUCUCUGGUUUCUCAAAUCUUAAAAGCCUCGACCUUUCGCACAACAACCUCGGAACCUUGCCUUCCGGGUUCCAAAACCUCACUACCAAUCUACACCACCUCGAUCUCUCCAACUGCAACAUCAAAGGAAACGUAAAACCCAUCUCCUCCCUCACCAAACUUUCAUCCUUGGAUUUAUCAAACAACACGUUGAACGGUAGUUUCCCCUCUGACUUCCCUCCUCUGAACAACAUCAAAUUCUUGAACAUCUCCCACAACAACUUCAAAGCCUCCACCACCUUAGACAGGUUCAUAAAGUUCGGCAAAUCAGCGUUCAUUCACGCCGGCAACAACUUCAACUACUACAACGCAUCAAAAACGCCAAAGCUUCGUUCAACUCCAACUCCAACCCCACCGCACCAACAGCCCCACCACAUUCACGCGAAGAAGAAGAAGCGGCCAAAAGAAAAACAAAAGUCAAAACACAAAACCAGAACCAUGAUGAUUGUGGCCUCGGCACUUGUUGUCGUUGUCGCGUUGUGCAUGUGCUGGGUGUGGUGUUGCAGGAGGAAGAGGCAAUUGGCGAAAAGGAGCAAGUGGGCGAUCUCGAAGCCGGUCCCACUGAGCAUGAAGAUGAUGGAAAAAUCAGGACCGUUCGCGUUCGAGACCGAGUCAGGGACAUCAUGGGUUGCUGACCUCAAAGAACCCUCUUCCGCAGCCGUGGUCGUGUUCGAGAAGCCACUCAUGAAACUCACCUUCGUCGACCUUCUCGCUGCCACGUCACACUUCGGAAAAGACUCUCUCCUCGCUCAGGGCAGGUGUGGGCCCGUUUAUCGCGCUGUCUUACCCGGAGACAUCCACGUGGCAAUCAAGGUCCUCGAAAACGCCAGAGACGUCCAUCAUCAUGAAGCUGUCGCUCUCUUCGUUGACAUUUCCCAACUCAAACACCCCAAUCUCUUGCCCCUCUCCGGUUACUGUAUUGCAGGUAAGGAGAAGCUGGUGUUGUAUGAGUUUAUGUCGAACGGGGAUUUAGGUAGGUGGUUGCAGGAGCUACCAACAGGGGAGACUAACGUGGAGGAUUGGAGUGGUGACACGUGGGACAUUAUUCAUAACGGCGCCGUUUCUCGAGCCUCACCCCCCGAAAAAAUGGGGUGGUUAAUACGGCACCGUAUUGCGGUGGGUGUGGCGCGUGGAUUAGCGUUUCUCCACCACGCGGGGUCGAGGCCCGUCGUGCACGGCCACCUGGUGACGUCGAACGUGCUUCUCGGCGACGACUUCGAGCCGCGGAUCGCGGAUUUCGGGUUUCGGAAACUCGGGCGAGAGAGCGCGGCGGCGAAUUGUUCCACCGAGACGGACGUUUACUGUUUCGGGGUGGUGCUGAUGGAGCUUCUGACGGGGAAGGCCGGCACGGCGGAGACGGUGGUUUGGGUGAGGAAGGCGGUGAGGGAGGGCCACGCGGUGAGGACGUUGGAUGAGAGGCUUAAACUCGGCGGCGACUCGGAGAGUGAGAUGGUGGAGAGUCUCCGAGUCGCCUAUUUGUGUACGGCCGAGUCUCCGGGGAAGAGGCCCACCAUGCAGCAAGUGUUGGGCCUUCUCAAAGAUAUUCACCCGAGUCAUGGACUCGACUGAGUUCACUUCACUCGCUCAACUGAGUGCAUGUUUCAUUUACAGAUGAAAUUGUUGUGGCCAGCUUUGCAAUGCAAAUCAAACAGAUAAAAGAUAAAAGGAAAAUGAAACCAAAAGCAAGACUUAUCAUCCUUUCACAAAAGUAUUUUUUUAUUUUAUUUUUCACCUGAUUUCCUCGGUCGCUUUUGAGUAAUUCAAUUCCUCUAUGCAUGUCACGUGGCAGUGGAGUUUUGGGUCGUGUUUUUUUUAUUUUUAAAAUUAAAUAUAUAUUUAGGAUUAUGAUUGAAAUGUAAUGUAUAUACGAAAAGUUCAGGAAGAAAAGAAAAAGUGAAAAAGGUGGACAAAAAGAAGUGGGGUAGGAAGGGAUGCUAGGGAAGCCUGAGAUGAAGCAAUGGAGUGUUCAGUUCAGUCAGUGUUGUUUGUUUAAUGUGAAAUUUCUUUUUUGUGAUGAGCAUGCAUAUUGCAUAGUGCAGAGAAUCCCACUUAUUACUUGUCUCUUCUAAGAGGGACUUCCAUCAUUCUUAUUCUUCAUCUAUUUUAUUGUUUCUCAUUCACUUUUUUCUA